GAAGCUGGAGCGAGUUGCCCAACUGCAAUCUGUCAGCUAUCCGCAGAUCCCUCACCGUCCUUUGGCUUGUCUUUACCCAUGGCUCGGAAGAAUGGAGAAACAUGGACGCCACGGAUUGACGCGAAGGACGAACACACAUUCGGAGUGGAAGAAUAAAAAUCCCCGCCGCGGCGCUGUUCUCUCUUGCCCUCGCGCAUAACGCCGUUCCCUGGAUGUGACGGCGGGGCAUUCCAGUAAUCUUCGUAGCCGGACCAGAAGACGACGAGGCGGCCUGAAAUCAAGCAGACGUCGCUGGAAGUGGAGCCCAUCAGGGCUCAUGUGAGAGGAGGUCAUGGGCAGCCAGGGCAGCCCGGUGAAAAGCUACGACUACCUGCUCAAGUUCCUGCUGGUGGGCGACAGCGACGUGGGCAAGGGCGAGAUCCUGGACAGCCUGCAAGACGGCUCGGCCGAGUCGCCCUACGCCUACAGCAGCGGCAUCGACUACAAGACCACCACUAUUCUUCUGGAUGGCAGGAGGGUGAAGCUGGAGCUUUGGGACACGUCAGGACAAGGACGAUUCUGCACCAUUUUCCGCUCGUACUCGCGCGGCGCUCAGGGCAUCCUACUGGUGUAUGACAUCACCAACCGCUGGUCCUUCGACGGCAUCGACAGGUGGAUCCGAGAGAUUGACGAGCAUGCACCGGGCGUUCCGCGCAUCCUGGUGGGCAACCGGCUGCACCUGGCCUUCAAGCGGCAGGUGCCCACUGAGCAGGCGCGAGCCUAUGCCGAGAAGAACGGCAUGACAUUCUUUGAGGUCAGCCCGCUGUGCAACUUCAAUGUCAUCGAGUCCUUCACUGAGCUGUCGCGCAUUGUGCUCAUGCGCCACGGCAUGGAGAAGUUCUGGAAACCCAACCGAGUCUUCAGCCUGCAGGACCUGUGCUGCCGGGCCAUCGUGUCGUGCACACCGGUCCACCUCAUUGACAAGCUGCCGCUGCCCGUGGCCAUCAAGUCGCACCUCAAGUCCUUCUCCAUGGCCAACGGCAUGAACGCCGUCAUGAUGCACGGACGCUCCUACUCACUGGCCAACCCGGCCGGCGGCUCCAAGGGCAACAGCCUCAAGCGCUCCAAGUCCAUCCGGCCCCCGCAAAGUCCCCCGCAGAACUGCACGCGCAGCAACUGCAAGAUCUCCUAACUGCCGCUUUCCCUUCCCCAACCUGACGGCAGCGACGGUGGCCGAGUGCCGGGCUGGGCCGGGCCGCCGAGCCUUUGGCACCAAGCUUUGACGGGAGAACGAGUCCGACGUGUCCGAGAGUCCCGCUGCUCCGGCCCGCCGCCAGUCACGUGAGAGACAAAAGGAGUUUUCCGCUUGUACAGACAGACGCACGCUCAUCGAGUGUCUCUGUUAUGUUUUGGUUUUUCUCCUUUCUUCAUACGUCUUCUUAUCUGCUUUGGAAAUAAGCUAUAAGUCGUUCCACUUUGGGAAAUGGCCUCACACACAAGCACAUGCAGAAAAGCUCUUUGGCCUCAUGCGUGUCACACGCCCGCUUCCACAGAAGCACUUUCACGCACGCGUGGGACUGGUGACACACUCUUUUGCGUACACUCCUCCUGAAAACAAUCUUCAUAUACUGUACAUGUCACACACACACACUCCUCGCUCGCACUCACGCGUCACAUUCUCCUCUCACAUUUAGACUGUCUUUACACACAGUCAUUUACUCGCAUGUAGUCACCUUCACACACACACCCUCCUCUGUCGCAAACCUGUACACACUUGCGUCGUCGCCUCAGACACUUGGAGCGCCUCGUCGUAGCGGCCUUCGCAUGUAAUGCGAUUGGAGCAAACGACUCCUGACUUGUUCCCUGUCCCGACCUGUAACGAGCAGACUUGUUAGCGCGUCUGAAAUGGGAACAACUGGCUGCACGAAGCUUCCAUUUUCUUACUCUUGUGCAGCUUGUGACUUUUUCGGGUCCCUCACGGUUGUUUCGAACGUAACACAAGUGAUGGAUUCUUGUUGAUUUCCCCUUUAUUUUGUUAACUUGACUUGCCUACUGCGACUGCUGCGACUUGCACUUCGCCCCUUUUUAGACCACUACACUUGCCUCCCUCCCUCCAAAUCUGGCUAAAAUUAUCUCAUGUUGGGGGUGGGAAAGGUUUAUUUUAGAGACAGGGAGUCGUCCUAGCGUGAUGGAUUUGAGGUACGUUGCGCAAAGGCGCCGUUCAGCCCCCAUUAAUUUUUUAUCAUGGCAGUUUUUUUCUUUUUAAAUCUCACCGUGGAGGCGAUUCACUCAGAAGCCUGUCGCCGUGUGUCAUAACGUGUAUUUUAAAUUAUUAUAUGACAGUGUCACCCAUAAUUCAAUUGACUCUCUCUGCUCAUAUGGAACGGUUGUAGUCCCACUAAGCACAAGUUCAGAACCGGGACUAUUUUCAGCAAGAGUUUGUGAGGCCCGAUCAACCAUUUUGGUUGCUUGUGGCGUUCUAUUUUAAGACGGGAGCACUGGGAAUAAUUCAGGUGAGGAAACUGGCAAGCGUGACCCUUUUGCUGCGUAGUGAUUAGCGAGAAGUCAAACGAGCCCAUGAUUCCAAACGCAGCCCGAGUCUUUUGAUGUCGGUCUGGCGCCAUCCCGUGAUUCAUUGCUGCUGAAUAAUAGAUCCUCCUUGCUUGCAUCUCAGGAGGGCGUCUUCGUCGCCGUUGUCGUUGGUGCUCUUGCUGCAGCUUCUCGCUACGCUUUCAUCUUCCUCCUUCCUUGAUUCACUCAUUGUCUUGCCACCAUUUUAUCCAACAGCAACGCCACCUCCUCUUCCAGCAUUAGCAGAUCAUGUCAGUGUUUUAUCACUUGUAUUUUGUUUUGUUUUUCUCAGCGUGGCUCUUGUCCAUUUAGGCUUCGUAUCAAAUUCAAGAUCCCAGGCCCAGAUCUGGGGUUGUUUGGGCCCCACUAAAGCAGACCAAGUGUGUCUAUUGCAUGUCAUUUGCUAAAUUCAUUUGUUCUCCUUUUGGUAGGAAACAUUGAUGGAAAAUGCAAAUUUUAGUACAACAAAAUGAAUAUUUGGAUGGAGGAAUGUAACAUCAGUCGGCUUUGGUGAAGCAGCCUGAGGUUGUAAUCCCGCACUGAAAAUGUUCCAGGCACAAGUGUGUGGUGGAUUUUUGUGUUUGGAGUGGCACUCCUGAUGUUGGGAAUGUGUUUCCUUCCUUCCUGCCAGCCCUUGCUACUGCUUUUCUACCGGUGGCACAACAUGCACAAAAUGAGAGGAAAAAAAACAUAUCUUCAGAUAAUUCAUGUACGACUUUAUCCUCUACCUGUGACAUAAAACAACCACUUUUUUUUUUUGCGUCGUUUCUGUUGUUUUAUAUGCCCUGAGUUCCCGCCUCUGGAUGAAGUGUAAGAUAGACUAGCAGCAAAUGGAACAAAUGUUUUUGUGCCACUUGAGUUUUUCAAAUUGGGCUCAGCGACGUUGCCAAGAAUUCUCGAAGAGUGUUUCUCUCUGUUUAUAUGCAGGAAAAGAAAGAAGCAUUGUUGUUGCUGACAAAAGGAUUUUUGUUUUUUUAAGUCUUUGUGUGUAUGCACGACCUCUUUUCCUGAGAUUCUAAAUGACUUGAGAGAAGGAUGCACGAUGGAACCGCUUCAGGGGAUGCCCUCUGAUUGGCUUUGUGUCAAGACACAGUGUUGUAAAAUGGAUUUAAACACUAUUUUGGGGCUGAAAGCUGCUGAAUCUGAGAUACAAAUGUGUGUGUGUGUGUGCGUGCGUGUGCGUGCGUGUGUUUGUGACAAACUGAAACAUUUUCCUUUUUUAAAUUAUUGAUUGUACAGUUUCAACGCUGUGAGGGUUUGAAGAGACUUUUUCACAAAUAAACAAUUGAAUGUUCAAGUUGAAA